AGAACCCGGUGAGGCUUCUCCCCGCCGUCUUUCCUGUCGAGGGCCGCGGAGAGUGGGGGUGGCUGGGAGCAGCGCAGCCUCGGGAGGAGGAGGCGGAGGCGGGGGCGACUGGGGAGGCGGAGAUGGGUGAGGGCAGCGUCGGGAGCCUCCCACCGAGCCGGGCUUAACAGCCCGCGGCGGCCGGUGUCGCGGCUGCUGCGUCGGGGCCUGAGGGUGCGCUGGGGGCCGCGCUGAUGUCCAGGGCGGCUUCGCGUGCGGCCCGAGGGGACCAGAAAUUUCGUUCAACCCUAUCUGGUGCAUCUUUGGCAGAAAGUGAGGAAAACACCAUUGUUCUUUGGCAUGGACACAAGUUCAGUGGGAACGUUAGAACUGACUGAUCAAACUCCUGUCUUAUUAGGAAGUACAGCCAUGGCAACUAGUCUCACGAACGUAGGAAAUUCAUUUAGUGGCCCACCUAAUCCUUUAGUGUCUAGAUCUAGUAAGUUUCAGAACUCAUCAGUAGAAGAUGAUGAUGACGUUGUUUUUAUUGAACCUGUACAACCUCCUCCAUCUUCUGCACCUUUGGUUGCUGAUCAAAGACCCAUAACAUUUACAUCUUCAAAAAAUGAAGAACUACAAGGAAACGAUCCCAAAAUUCUUCCUUCAUCGAAAGAGUUGGCCCCGCAAAAGGGCAGUGUAAGCGAGACAAUUGUUAUUGAUGAUGAAGAGGACAUGGAAACAAAUCAAGGACAAGAGAAGAGUUCCUCAAAUUUUAUUGAAAGGAGACCUUCUGAAACUAAAAACAGAACUAAUGAUGUGGAUUUCUCCAGUUCCACUUUUUCAAGAAGUAAAGUAAACGCAGGAGUGAGUAACAGUGGUAUUACCACAGAGCCAGACUCGGAGAUUCAGAUUGCUAAUGUUACAACCUUAGAAACAGGCGUAAGCUCUGUGAGUGAUGGCCAGCUAGAAAGUACUGAUGGGAGAGAUAUGAACUUAAUGAUUACUCAUGUCACAUCACUGCACAACACCAGCCUGGGAGAUGGCUCCAACGGACUUCAGUCCAGUAACUUUGGUGUGAAUAUACAAACGUACACCCCAUCUCUAACGUCACAGACCAAGGCUGGAGUUGGACCUUUUAAUCCUGGUAGGAUGAAUGUUGCAGGAGAUGUAUUUCAGAAUGGAGAGUCUGCACCUCAUCACAAUCCUGAUUCUUGGAUCUCCCAGUCAGCAUCAUUUCCUCGUAACCAGAAACAACAAGGGGUGGAUUCUUUAUCACCAGUGGCCUCACUUCCUAAACAGAUAUUCCAGCCCUCGAACCAACAACCCACUAAACCAGUUAAAGUCACUUGUGCAAACUGCAAAAAACCUCUACAGAAGGGGCAGACAGCUUACCAACGCAAAGGAUCAGCUCACCUCUUCUGUUCAACCACCUGCCUUUCUUCUUUCUCCCAUAAGCCUGCUCCAAAGAAACUCUGUGUUAUGUGUAAAAAAGAUAUAACUACAAUGAAGGGAACCAUUGUUGCUCAAGUGGACUCAAGUGAGUCCUUCCAAGAAUUUUGUAGUACAUCUUGUUUGUCUCUCUAUGAGGACAAACAGAGUCCUGCUAAAGGAGCUCUAAAUAAAUCAAGAUGCACAAUCUGUGGCAAAUUAACUGAGAUUCGCCAUGAAGUUAGUUUUAAAAACAUGACUCAUAAGCUGUGCAGUGACCACUGCUUUAACAGAUACCGAAUGGCCAAUGGUCUGAUAAUGAAUUGCUGUGAGCAGUGCGGAGAAUAUUUGCCCAGUAAAGGUGCUGGGAAUAAUGUUCUGGUGGUUGAUGGUCAGCAGAAGAGAUUUUGUUGUCAGAGUUGUGUCACUGAAUACAAACAGGUAGGUAGCCAUCCAAGCUUCCUGAAGGAAGUUCGGGAUCACAUGCAGGACUCUUUCUUAAUGCAGCCUGAGAAAUAUGGAAAACUGACAACUUGUACUGGUUGCCGAACACAGUGCAGGUUUUUUGAUAUGACUCAGUGCAUAGGUCCUAAUGGAUAUAUGGAGCCAUAUUGUUCAACUGCUUGCAUGAACAGUCACAAGACAAAAUAUGCAAAAUCACAAAGUUUGGGAAUUAUUUGCCAUUUUUGUAAGCGAAACUCUUUACCUCAAUACCAAGCCACAAUGCCUGAUGGAAAACUGUAUAACUUUUGCAAUUCCAGUUGUGUGGCUAAAUUUCAGGCUCUAAGCAUGCAGUCAUCUCCAAAUGGCCAGUUUGUAGCACCCAGUGAUAUUCAGCUGAAAUGCAACUACUGUAAAAAUUCCUUUUGUUCAAAACCAGAAAUCUUGGAAUGGGAGAACAAAGUGCAUCAGUUCUGCAGCAAAACUUGCUCAGAUGACUAUAAGAAGUUGCAUUGCAUAGUUACAUAUUGCGAAUACUGCCAAGAGGAGAAGACUCUGCAUGAAACAGUAAAUUUCUCUGGCGUUAAGAGACCUUUCUGUAGUGAAGGCUGCAAGCUAUUAUACAAACAAGAUUUUGCAAGACGAUUAGGAUUAAGAUGUGUUACCUGCAACUAUUGUUCUCAGCUGUGUAAGAAGGGAGCCACUAAAGAACUUGAUGGAGUUGUCAGAGACUUCUGCAGUGAAGACUGCUGUAAGAAAUUCCAGGAGUGGUACUACAAGGCUGCGAGGUGUGACUGCUGUAAAUCCCAAGGCACUCUGAAAGAGCGAGUGCAGUGGCGUGGCGAAAUGAAACAUUUCUGUGAUCAGCACUGCUUACUACGUUUCUAUUGUCAGCAAAAUGAGCCCAACAUGACAACUCAGAAAGGACCUGAAAACCUACAUUAUGAUCAGGGCUGUCAGACGUCCCGAACCAAAAUGACAGGCUCAGCACCACCCCCUUCUCCUACACCAAACAAAGAGAUGAAGAAUAAAGCAAUUCUUUGCAAACCUUUAACAAUGACAAAAGCAACUUACUGUAAGCCUCACAUGCAGACCAAAUCUUGUCAGACAGAUGAGAAUUGGAAGACAGAGUAUGUCCCAGUGCCUAUUCCUGUCCCUGUGUAUGUCCCUGUGCCUAUGCACAUGUACAGCCAGAAUAUUCCUGUUCCGACCACAGUUCCUGUUCCUGUGCCCGUUCCUGUGUUUCUGCCUGCUCCAUUGGACAGCAGUGAGAAGAUUCCUGCCACAGUUGAGGACCUCAAAAGCAAAGUUUCUUCAGAUCCUCUUGAUUCAGAAUUGCUUACGAUGACAGAUAUGAUGACUGAAGAGGAGGGGAAAGCAGAGGCAUCCAACAUCAAUAGUGGAGAUUUUGUAUGUGUCCUGGGCAGUAAACUCUUGGCCUCAAGACAAGGUCUUCCAGCCUCCUCUCCUGAAGUAGGUGUAAUUAUUGAGACAGACAUAAUUGGCUCAGAUCUUACAAAGAACUCUGACCCAGAUAUACAAUCCAACAUGCCCGAUGUACCAUAUGAACCAGAUUUGGAUAUUGAAAUAGAUUUCCCCAGAGCUGCAGAGGAGCUUGAUAUGGAAAAUGAGUUUUUAUUACCACCUGUUUUUGGAGAAGAAUACGAGGAGCAGCCCAGACCUCGAUCUAAAAAAAAGGGAACCAAGAGGAAGGCUGUAUCAGGAUACCAGUCUCAUGAUGAUAGUUCUGACAAUUCAGAAUGCAGCUUUCCUUUCAAGUAUACAUACGGUGUAAAUGCGUGGAAACAUUGGGUCAAAACUAGGCAACUUGAUGAAGAUCUUCUGGUAUUAGAUGAGCUAAAAUCCUCUAAAUCAGUAAAGUUAAAAGAAGAUCUACUCUCUCAUACCACAGCUGAGCUUAACUAUGGGUUAGCCCAUUUUGUCAAUGAGAUCAGACGACCAAAUGGAGAGAAUUAUGCACCUGACAGCAUCUAUUAUCUAUGCCUUGGUAUACAGGAGUACUUAUGUGGUAGUAAUCGAAAGGACAACAUAUUUAUUGAUCCAGGAUACCAGAUGUUUGAGCAAGAACUGAAUAAAAUACUCCGAAGUUGGCAACCAAGCAUACUUCCAGAUGGGUCAAUUUUCUCUCGAGUUGAAGAAGACUAUCUCUGGAGGAUAAAACAACUAGGAUCCCACUCUCCAGUAGCACUUUUGAAUACCCUAUUCUACUUUAACACUAAGUAUUUUGGCCUGAAAACAGUGGAACAACACUUAAGACUUUCCUUUGGCACUGUGUUUAGGCAUUGGAAAAAAAAUCCUUUAACAAUGGAAAAUAAAGCAUGUCUUCGCUAUCAGGUGUCUUCCUUAUGUGGAACAGACAAUGAAGAUAAAAUUGCUACUGGAAAACGAAAACAUGAAGAUGAUGAGCCAGUAUUUGAACAAGUUGAAAACACAGCCAACCCUUCUAGAUGUCCUGUGAAAAUGUUUGAAUGCUACUUGUCUAAAAGUCCACAGAACCUUAAUCAGAGAAUGGAUGUUUUUUAUUUACAACCAGAAUGUUCUAGUUCUACAGAUAGCCCUGUCUGGUACACAUCUACUUCCCUGGACCGGAACACCUUGGAAAAUAUGCUUGUACGGGUUCUUCUAGUAAAAGAUAUUUAUGAUAAAGACAAUUAUGAACUGGAUGAAGACACAGACUAAAAAGGACCAUUUCAGAAGCAAUGGGAUAACACAGCAUUAGAUAGUCAUGCUGCUAGAUCUUUACAGGAAAACAUUUUAAGUUUACUCCUUCUGUUCUGAGUUUUGUAGCAAUGUACCCACACUGGGUAUUACCAUGUAAAUAAUCUGUGUGUGAAAGUUGCCAUUAUUCUAUGUAGUGGUUUUAGGAUACUUAACAAAUACAUCAAAUUCUUUUUUAUUAUUAUUUAUUUGAUUAGGUAUGUUUGUAACUUUUUACAUUACAAAUAAGAAGAGAAUGUGCCAUGUAUAAGUUUUUCUUGUUGCACUGCUCUGCUGUUGCAAAGCUCCCUGCAGAGGGCGGGCUUUAUGCGUUCCUGACCAGAUGGUUGUGUAUGGGUAGCACUACUCAAGUUUAGAACUUGCGGUGUCUUUCAGAAUUUUUAAAAUAAACUGUAAACUAAUAGGCUGGGUUUUUUGUUUGUUUGUUUUAUGUUUUAGUUACUGAAGCCUUAGCAGGUUAUGUAGAGAGAUACCAUCUUCUGUACCAAAAAUAGACAAGAGAAUGCUGUUGAUACUGGUGUUCUGUAAUGUGAACUUAUGCUGGUGAAAACAACUUUAUGUUCCCCUUAUUAAAACUUAGUGUCCUUUUCUCACUUGUGACUUUCUGCAUCACCCCAUCAAUUUAAGGAAAAAAAGUAUGUAUAUAUGUGUAAGUAGAGAGAGAGAGUGAGAGAGAGAGAGUGACUAUAACUUGAAAACAAGAUUAAGACAUUUUUCUUUGUAAAAUGUCCGGCGACAGUGUAAGACUCUUGUUUUUCUUUCCCACGGCAGCCAUCAGCAUCUGAGGCCCUCACCUGCCAGGUGUAUUACAGCUUGCAUAGCACUCUCGAGUGUCACCACUCUCGCUGGAGGUCUUGUGCUGCUUCCAGAAGUGACAUGCAUAUGUGGGGCAGAAUUAUUUUUAGAAAUGCCACUCUUGAAAUAUUCAUUUUAGAAAGUCAGGCUACUUGAAGGGAGACAGUGUCACAUUGUUCUAUGGCUAUUACCAAUGGAGAAUGCUGACUAGUCCAGGAGACUGAAGAAACAGAAGCUGGUGGAUGGUGCCAGUGCCAGUGUCAGAGGAAAUCUUGCUUGCUACUAGGUUGUUUGGCUUUGAAAUUUAAUUACUUCUUAUAGAAGAUUACAUUUAAAAUACUUUUGUGCUUCUGCAUAGCAGUUUAUCUGUUCAUAACUUUUAGAUUAAGGAAAUCUACUUCAAAUUAUACUUUCUAAAGACUGAGUAAAGUGGUAUCUGAAAAUUAUCAGUUAUUUAGCUGACUUUGUAUAUAGCAUGUGUGAUGUUUCCUUCUUAUUUCUGAAUCCUGAAAUCACCAUGGUGAUACUAGUUUUCAAAAUAGUUCUGAGGGAAAUUGUUUUCCAUAGUGACUAGACAGUAUAUAGCCCUUAUCAAUUUCUCUCUUCUUUAGCAUAAAUUUUAGCAAGUAAAGAAAUUUUCUCAAUCAUGAUUUUGAAAAUUUCACAGGUAUAGCUACUGCUCGUUUAAGCAAUAACUAUCUGAAAUGUUUUUGGCAUGAAAAUUUAUAGUGUUCUAAAUUUUUAUAAGUUUGAAUAACUUCAGUCCCUUGGUUUUCUAUUUGAAUCAUCAGACUGAUAGUGGCAGCUCCAUACUUUACUAAGACAGACCUGCCCCUCGCCUGUUAAGUGAAGCUGGAAACACUUAACAACAGAAUGCAGAUGUUUCUUGGCUUUUCAGCGCGCCUUCUGAAGCACUUUUACUAGAAAUGCAUAUUGUGAUUAAAGACUGGUUAAUCCUAACCAUCUUCUAUUCUUCAGAGUGGUGCUAUAGCCCAUCAAAAAAAAGCAAUAAAUUUACCCACAAAUGUCACAUGUAUAUUUUACCAAUACCAUAAAUUUCUGCCGUGGUACUACUAAGCACCGUGUCUUGCUAUUUAGUUUUUAUUGUUUGUACAUUUUAGCUUUUCUAAGCAGAAAUGCCUACAGAAGUUUGAUCGUACAUGAUAGAGGAUCUAGAGCUUGCCUUUGUCUCAUGCAAUCCAAUGAUUGAUCUACUUGAUUCUCAGGGGGAAAGAAAAACAAACUAUUUUAUGAGAAUUGUUCUGGGAAAUUUAUUUCACCUGGAACACAUUUCCUUGAUUCUUGGCUGUCUUUAGUGUGUGGCCAUAACUAACUGCUGAGAGAAAGGACAUUGAAAUGAUAGUUUAUUUUUAUUUCUUGGUGACUUCUGAUUAUAGACAGCAUCCUGUAAAUAUAACUUUAUUGUCUUGAGAUGUCUAUUGAAGAUACUAUAUUUUUCUGUUCUGAACGAUUUUGCCACUUAAAAUCGUUCAAUGAAAAAGAUGACUAGCUAUUCUGAGGCAGGUGGAUUUCCCAUGCAAACUGAAUCCUUAACGCAUUUCAAAAGGCUUUUACUGUAUUAGGUAACAUGAGAUAUUAAAGGAUUUUUCUAGGCAA